AAGCGCAGCGAUGGCACACUUGUCGCCGGCGGACAUGGAUCUGAUCCAAGACCUGCAGAUGAAAGCCAAUAAAACCACUGACGAGACGCUGGAGUCGACUCGACGUAUGCUAACCCUAUGCGAUGAGUCCAACGAUUGCGGUAUACGUACACUCGUGGCGCUGGACGAGCAGGGUGAACAACUGGACAGGAUCGAACGGGACAUGGACAUGAUCAACGACGACAUGCGCGAGACGGAAAAGCAUUUGACCGAGAUGGAAAAGUGGUGCGGUGUGUGUCUGUGUCCGUGCGGUCGCAACAAGGAGUUCAGAGAGGACCCGAACGCGUGGCAACUGUCCACCGAGAUGGGCGCAGUCGUAUCUGGUCAGCCUAUGAAAGGCGACGUUUAUUAUAAGCCCGGCAAACAACACGGCGGUAGUGUUGACAGCGUUAACACAGGGUAUGUCAAACGGAUUACCGGCGACGCGCGCGAAAAUGAGAUGGAAGAUAAUAUGGGCGUGGAAUAUGGCCAUCGAUAUAGGGGUCUAAUACCGAGCGCAUACAAGAUGCCAAUGAGAGGGCUCAAAAAGCCGCCACUUCGGUCGCAGCCGUCGGAACCGAUGACAGAGUGGGAAGAGUUGCAAAUGAGGGCCCAUUUGGUGAGCGACGAGACACUGGAGUCGACGCGACGGAUGCUAUCGCUGUGCGCCGAGUCGGAGGAGACGGGCGUCAAGACACUGGAGCUGAUCCACACACAGGGCGAACAAUUGGAUCGCAUCGAUCGAGACAUGGAUGGCAUGAAUGAAGACAUGCGACAGACAGAGAGGACGCUGACGAAGAUGGAGAAGUGGUGCGGACUGUGUCUGUGUCCGUGCGGUGCGGGCGCUGGCGGUCGGGCCAAGAAGUUCAGGGAAAAGCGGGCGAUUUGGCGCUCGUCGACCGCCGCCGAGAAGAGACCGAUUGUCACGUCUCAGCCCAACGGCAGUAGUAGUCGUGAGUCGGUCGACGACGGUGUGGACAACGGCGGCCGUCAGGACGAGUCCGGUCUAUACAUACUUCGCGUGACAAACGACGCCCGCGAGGACGAGAUGGAGGAGAAUAUGGGUCACGUGUCGACACUGAUCGGGAACCUGAGGAAUAUGGCCAUCGAUAUGGGCCACGAGAUCGGCGCCCAGAACUCGCAGUUGGACUCAAUUAACCAAAAGGCCGACAGUAAUAAUGUCCGCAUUCAGGGUAUAAACGACAGGACAGCACGACUGGCCAAA